AAGUCUGAGUAAUUGUAUAAUGAGUUGGUUAGAUGUUGAGUGCUCUCCUGUAGCUGAGUGUGGGAGUUUAUCUCCAGCGCGGGGAGCUGAGACCUGCUGACUGGAGCUGAGCUGAGCUGAGACUGACUGCGUCUACCUACUUUCCUUCUGCAGACCUCCUUCAGUGGAUUCACUAAACGUUGUAUCGUAGUUUUGGACGUUUCUGAGACGUUUCACUCGUUAUUAUCCUGAAGUCUGAGGGGGUAAGAGCUCCUGCAGUGAGUUCCUCCAGGUUCUGCUCGUCAGAACCGCAGUGAAUCCUCUAAAAUGUGCCCGGAUUUCUGGAUCUGUCUGGCCGCGGUUCUCUACACAGCUCACCUCUCUCAGGCAGCAGAGCCUCCAGAGUGCAGUCCAGGAGGUCACACUGUUCUACAGAACCCCUACCGGAGCACCAGCUUCACCUCUCAGCAGCUGCCCCAGUCUGCCCUGCAGGAGAAGCUCAUCUGUGACCACUCACUGGCCCCCGGGUGGUACCAGUUUCAGAUCUUUGAUAAACCCGCCCGUAUGCCCACCAAAUGUGUGGAGGUAAAUCACUGUGGAACCCAAGCUCCAGUUUGGCUCUCUCUGGCUGAGGGGGAGACUCUCCCACAGCCCUUGGAAGUCAAGCAGCUGACGGCGUGUGCUACCUGGCAGUUCUUCAACGGGCCCAAUAAGGACUGCUGUCUGUUCCGGCUGCCUGUAUCUGUACGUAACUGUGGGGAGUUCUAUGUGUACCUGCUCCAGCCCACACAGGGCUGUAUGGCUUACUGCGCUGAGGAAAUGCCAGACUCCACACAGUCAGGCUGUGAAGCUGCACUCAGGAAUGAAGAUGGAACUUGCAAUGAUAAGCAGCCCCCUUCUCCUUCAGUGCCUGAAAUUAUGGCAGAACUGUCAGGAAGCAGUGUGUUCCUAAAGUGUAUGUUUGAUGGCAGCAGUGGGAACAGUUCUCUGGGCUAUGUAGUGACAUGGUGGCGUCUGUCCCUGGAUGGUAACAAAGAGGAGCUCAGACAGGAGACCACCAUACAGACCUUCGCCUUUAUUGAACUGGAUGGCAUCAACCUGCGACUGGGAGACAGGAUCUGCUGCAGUUGUUCCAGCUUCUUUCUGGACGCUCCAGAUAUACAGGGUUUCUCGGUGGAGAGUGAGGAGUUCUUUGCAGGGAUUCGACUGGAACCUGAGCUUGCCUCGAUCUCAGAGGAUGGGAAGGAGUAUGAGCUGGUGAUAGAGAGCACUGUGCCUCUGCCCUGCAUUUCAAAGUCAUGCAGGCUACCAUUACAACUCAGCACCAGCAGCCAAGGCGAGGUGGCUCUGGGUGCUGAUCUGGUCCUGUCCUCCUGUGAAGUGGAGCUGUCUCAUGCUGUGUGCCGUAAGGGGGUGUGCAGCCAGGCCUUGCUUCACUACAGUCCAGUCACUGACAUCAUCAAAGACGGAGACAGAAUCACUAACAUAUCUAUGAAACCUAUAGUCAGCACCAAUUUUCUCUGGAAUGGAUAUACAUCUCAAAGUGUUCAGAUAACAGUUAAAGACGUCCCACCUGCUUACUGUUACGUUUUCACAGAUCCUCACAUCAUCACCUUUGAUGGCAGGCGUUAUGAUAACUACCAGAUAGGCACCUUUCUGUUGUACAAGAGCCGAGCUCGGCCAUUCGAGGUGAACGUGCGGCAGUGGGAGUGUGCUAGCUUGACUGCCCACCCCACGUCCUGUGUGUGUGGCUUUGCAGCCAGAGACGGGAGUAACGUCAUCACCUUUGAUAUGUGUAAUGGGAUGGCUGGAGAGACUAAGCCACAUCUGCUGGUGAAGAACGGAAACCUGGCGAAGAGUGGAAUCCGCAUCACUAAGUCCUAUCAGGGCCGCAAACUGACCCUGUCAUUCCCUUCAGGUACGUUUAUACGAGCAGAUGUGGCAGACUGGGGCAUGAGCCUGACUCUGAGGGCCCCUGGUUCUGAUAGGGGCCACACUGAGGGCCUCUGUGGAACCUUUGAUGGCCAACCCCUCAAUGACUUCCACAAGGAGGGAGAUAAGACUGUGAAAGACAGUGCUUCCUUUAUCAACUCCUGGAGGCUAGCACCAGGAACCAGCUUUUUUAACAAAGCCCCACCCCUUGAACGCACCCCAAGCAACCAGCACUACUGCAACUGUGAUCCAGAACGCCGCCAAUCAAGCUUUAGAGCCCGCCCUCCAGUUAACUCCUCCUCCUGCUCUUAUUUGGCCCGUCUCAACUCCCCUUUCAUCAUCCCUGCUCUGGAUUUGACUGCAGAGUACAUCAGCUCUCACGGGCCUUUCAGAAAACCGCCAGUGCCUCCACAAAGACCCAGGCAAAAUGCCCAGACACGAAGAGUGGGUACAGGCACCCGGAGUAACACGAGGAGACGAGGGAGACGCCAGAACCACAGACAAGCUUCUUCCUCCUCCUCAGCCUAUCAGAGUCAGAGGCAGUCCAACCUGGGUGAUGCUGCUAGCUAUUACUUCCCUGAGGAUCAUACUGGAUCUAAUGAGCCUGAGUUGCCUCCACCAACCUGGCCUACUGAGUCUGGUCUGACUGAGUCCGAUGCCCGGCAGCUCUGUGAGAGGGCCCUGCGGAACUCCACUGUUGGUCUGGGUUGUGGUGCCCUCCUCGUCGGGGUGAUGGAGCAGGCACUGGAGAUGUGUGUGUUGGACCAGCAGCUAAAGGAUGACCAGGCCUGGCUGGGGGGCACCGUGCCCCUGCUGGAGAACGAGUGUGAGAGGAGAGUGGUGGAGGAGAUGGGAAGGAGGGAGGAGAUCAGCAGCAUACUGAACUUUCUCAGGUGCCCCAGUCUUUGCAGUGGUAAUGGGCAGUGCACCGAGCGGGGCUGCAUGUGCUUUCCAGGAUUUGGCUCCUAUGACUGCAGCCAAGUGUCUGAUGAGACCCCGGAGAUCAGAGAGCUGGAGGGUGGAGGACUCUGUGAUGUUAGACACGCCUCCUGCUCCACUGUACGAGUUCUGGGGAAAGGCUUCAGAAAUGCCUUUGAGCUGAAGUGUGAAGUUAUGAAGGAGAAGAUAGUAGACGGUGAGUGGUCACUGGGGGAUUCUCUGAUGGUUCCUGCAUCGUUCCUCAGCUCCUCUGCAUUAGAGUGUCAGCUCCCUGUAGAAGACUUGCAGUCUGCUGGUGUCCCACACCCACCAGUCACCCGCUGGCAAAUCAAGGUUUCCAAUGACGGCUACAGCUUCAGCAAUGCCAAGAUUCUUACGCUGUUUGAUGGAACAUGUCAAGUGUGCACACUUAACAGUGGGGUUCAGUGCUCUUUGAAGAACAGAAGCUGUAACAUUGAUGGUCAGUGUUAUGGAGAAGGAGAACGCAGCCCCAGCAGCCCCUGCCUCACCUGCCGACCUGAUCUCGCCAAGUAUACCUGGUCCAUCAGUGAGAAAAACGAGCCUCCAGUGUUCCACUCAGAGCAGACCCACCUGCAAACGUUUUUCCAGGAAAACUUUGUGUACCAGUUCUUAGCCACUGAUCCUGAGGGUUCAGCGGUGAUGUUCACGCUGGUGUCCGGGCCCAGGGAUGCCGUGCUCUCUCCUGCUGGUUUGCUCAUUUGGAAAGCCCUGUCGUCCUCCCCUGUGACCUUUGAACUGGCUGUGACGGAUGACUGUAAUGCAGAGACCAGGGCCAGAGUGGUGGUUUCAGUGCGCCAGUGUGAGUGCCACCAUGGAGCCUCCUGUGUUACCAACAUUAACUUCCCCCCUGGCUCUGGAGAGUACCUGUGUGUCUGUCCAGCUGGUCUAGAGGGAGUGAGAUGUGAAAUCAAUAUGAACGAAUGUAAAUCUAACCCCUGUCUGAGGGGUGAAUGUGUGGAUGGGCUGAAUUCAUUCACAUGUGUCUGUCCAGCAGGUUUCACAGGUGUGAUCUGUGAGGAGGACAUUGAUGAGUGUCAGUUAGCUCCGUGUUUCCCUGGAGUGGCGUGUGAGAACACACAAGGGUCGUUUAAGUGUGGACACUGCCCCGAACACCUCAGUGGUGAUGGAAGAAUCUGCAGCCGUAAAGUAGCUGUCAAUGUCAGUGAAGACCAUCUGGGACCAGCUCAGAACCCGUGUUCCAGUCGACCCUGUCAUCCAGGAGUCCAGUGCUUUGAGAGUGUGUACACAUCUGCUGGCUUCAUCUGCGGCCCCUGUCCCCCAGGACUUCACGGCAACGGCCAAACCUGCACCUCCAGAUCUGCCAACAGGCAAUUACAGGGCGGUGUGGAAGUGGACAGGCCUGGUGUAACUUCGUCCACCUCUCGGAAAGCUGCUGAUCCCUCUGUUCGAGCUGGAAAAUCUCCCUCCAGCAAGGAGAGACCAUCACCCACUGACAGAAUUACUUCAGUAAGCAGUACUGACCAGAUUAUUGAUGCUGCAAGGGCUUCAGGCACUGGUGUCAAGCUCCAUGAGGAGGAAGUUGCUCUAGUGCUGUUUGUGGAUGGGAGGACGUGUGCUGAUUCCCCGUGUUACAGUGGCGUGGCUUGUGAGCCGACCUCUACUGGACACUUCAAGUGUGGCCCGUGUCCUAAUGGUUACAGGGGGGAUGGAAUCACCUGCAAAGCGGUGUGCCGCUACCUGUGCGGUCAGAACAUGGAGUGUACUCUGCCGAACACAUGCACCUGCAAAGAAGGGUACACUGGCUACAACUGCCACAUCGCUGUGUGUCGUCCUGACUGCAAGAACAGAGGGAAGUGUGUGAAACCUAAUGUGUGUGAGUGCCCAGCAGGCUACAGCGGACCAACCUGUGAAGAAGCUAAUUGUGAUCCACCAUGCCAAAACGGAGGCAGCUGUUUGUCCAGAAACCUCUGCACCUGCCCCUAUGGAUACGUGGGGCCACAAUGUGAAAUUAUGGUGUGUAACAGACACUGUGAGAAUGGUGGGGAGUGUGUAUCUCCUGAUGUGUGUAAGUGUAAGCCUGGCUGGUACGGACCCACAUGUAACUCAGCUGAUUGUAAGCCUGUGUGUCUGAAUGGAGGCACCUGCAUUAAGCCCAACAUCUGUGCCUGUCCCACUGGGUUUUAUGGAUCACAGUGUCAGAUAGCUGUAUGUAGUCCACCCUGCAAAAACCGUGGACAGUGCAUGAGGAACAACGUGUGCUCCUGUCCUGAAGGCUACACUGGAAAGAAAUGUCAAUAUAGUGUGUGUGAUCCAAUGUGCCUGAACAAAGGAAAGUGUGUGGGCCCAAACACCUGUUCCUGUGCCUCUGGUUGGAGAGGGGAUGUCUGCAGCAUUCCUGUGUGCUUACAGAAAUGUAAAAAUGGAGGGGAGUGUGUGGGUCCCAAUACCUGCCACUGUCCUGCUGGAUGGGAUGGCUUGCAGUGCCAGAAUCCCAUCUGCAGAAACAAGUGCCUCAAUGGAGGGAGGUGUGUGCUGCCCGACUACUGCCACUGUCGCCCGGGGUACAGCGGGCCCACCUGUGCCACUAGAAUCAGAUGAUGAAAGAAGUGCAAGAGACUAAACAGGCAUGAGGAACUGGCUUUAAACAUCCUGUCUGUCUGUUUCUGAAAAUAAAUAUAUAUGGACAAGAUAGUGAUGUUUAUGGGUGUACGUGAACUUGCAUAUCUUCACUGCAAUAAAUGUAUUCCCCCCUUUUUUUUUUUUUUUUUUUUACUUUUCUACAAUUGUUUUAAUGCAAUUAUGUGCAGAACUUUUGCUGGAAAUGAGUUGAUUUCUAAAUACCAACAUUUACAGUUUUACAAAUUUUAUAAAAACAUAAUUUUACCAGAUUUCUAAGAAGCUAUAUGUCUUUUAUCAUAUACUGCAGCAGCAGUAACAAUGUCUAAUACAUAACCAAAGAAAGCACAGUGUAUAUACGGCUAAAAAUGACUAUAUACAUGUACAUGUAUACAUUUCUUGAACUAAAUUAGAAUAUAUUUUACUGUCAUAUAUAUGUUUUAUUUUUUUAUUUUUUGAAUUAGUUAUACAAUGCGUUUUUUUUUUUGUUUUUUUUACAAAAUAUGUAAAUUAUGUGUAAUUGGAACAAUACUUUGAAUCUACAAUGUACAAUUUUGUUUAAUUGUUUUAUUGGUUUAAAAAUAUACUGGUAACACUGGGUAUAUGUAUUAUCUCCAAUGUAAACUUCUAUAUCAAGUACCUUAACUUC